AUGUUUAUUAAGGCGUUCGAUAUGUUGUUGCCUCCUCCACCGCCAUUGCCAGAGUUGCUAGUUGUACCAGCAGAAGAAGAAAUGAUCAUCCAUGAACCUGAUAAUAUUGAAAUGGCCAAAAAGAGAGAUGUUGCGAAAGUGUUAGCACAACGAGCUAGCGCUCAAUUGACCUUAGCAUCAAAUCCGAAUGAUUUCGAAGCCAUUCGAUUGCUCAAAGAGGCGGAUGAUCAGAUGGCAGCUUGGGCAGCCGCUAAAAAUUUGCCGGGUAAAUUCACCGGUUCUACUGGUCUCAAUGUGCUUUCAUCUGAUGAAUUGCAGCCACAAGAUCCACGUUAUAACGCGUGGGUGAGGAAGGUAAUUUGAGU